CAGGUCACAUUUUUUUAAUUGGGGUGAAAUUAAAGAGAUUUUUUUUUCCCUUUUGGUGGCUGGAAAGUGCACCCAGCUGAAAACCAUCAACCAUUUAGACUCCAUGCUUCAUUUGAAUUGUGAUUCUGGACGAAAGUCAAGGAUGACAACUUGUUUUCGAGCACUUUGCUGCAAGGGACCACCACCUGCUCGCCCCGAAUAUGACUUGGUUUGCAUAGGUCUCACAGGCUCUGGGAAGACCAGUCUGUUGUCCAAGCUCUGCAGCGAAAGCCCGGAGAACGUUGUGUCAACCACAGGUUUUAGUAUAAAGGCAGUGCCAUUCCAGAACGCCGUUUUGAAUGUAAAAGAACUUGGAGGAGCUGACAAUAUCCGGAAAUACUGGAGUCGCUACUACCAAGGCUCUCAAGGGGUCAUAUUCGUAUUAGACAGCGCCUCCUCAGAAGAUGAUCUAGAAACUGCUAGAAACGAGCUGCACUCCGCUCUCCAGCACCCACAGUUAUGCACUUUACCCUUCUUGAUAUUGGCCAAUCAUCAGGACAAGCCAGCAGCCCGCUCAGUACAAGAGAUCAAAAAGUAUUUUGAACUUGAACCACUGGCACGCGGAAAACGCUGGAUUCUGCAGCCCUGCUCGCUGGAUGAUGUGGACGCACUGAAGGACAGCUUCUCCCAGCUCAUAAACUUGUUAGAAGAAAAGGACCACGAGGCCAUGAGGAUGUGAGACCUGACCCAGAAGUUCCGGGAAAGCCUUGAACCCAUCACGUUCGUUCCCCAUCCUGAUUCCAUGUUGGCGUCAAGACUGACACGGCUCCAGUAUCCAUUUUCCUCUGGCUGUUUCAGACCGUCCUCUCUCUGUUAACUGACUGACUCUUCGGCAGUCAUGGGUUAUCUUCGGCAUUAACGUCAAGUACACACUACUGAGGGAGAAUUGAUUCUCUGUUUACCACUAAUUAUCUUCACCGCAUGUCUCUCCCUUCUGUUGGUCUAAGGAUCUCUUCUCUGCUUUGUGCUAAAGUGGACGGAACUCAUGGCUCAUGGAAAUGAAACCCCUUCUGAAGACCUCAGAAAGGCUCACUCGCUUUCCUGGACUUGGGAUUGGAGGAUUCCGACUGAGACUCCACCCAGUGUAUACGCCAUUGACAUUUCCAUGAUCUCUUAGGGGUUCGAGUUUUUUACAUUUUAUUUUAUCUCGUCUGGUUUUCAUAUUAUUUUCUGGUGUGUGUGGUGUGUGUGGGAUAUUGACUUUGUAGGCUGAGUGGGGAAAAAAAAUGGCCACCCAAAACUUCACCCAAUCAUCUUCUGGUAAGGCUGGCUUGAACAAUCUAGAAAGUAGGUGCACAAGGAGUGCUUGACCCUGCAGCAGCCUCGUCCCCUCCCUUAAGGGCAUCCUCACUGAGGGAAUGGGAGCCAAUUUAGGCAAGAACAAGCAUCACUGAUUUGAAUUCGAUCAGCUUCUCAAAUAUUUCUUAACGGAGUCAUUAGUCUGCAUAAAACCAAGCUACAACAUAAGCAUUUGCUUUUCCUAAAAAUCAGAAAUGUUUGAAUGAAAUCCGGAAAUUGGCUUUUCAAAUAAUAAACAUUAAGAGCCAAAGUCCUAAGUCACGGUUAGGACUUAAGCUGGCGUGGAUUGGAUGGAGCUCCAAGACGAGCCCCGUUAUUUAUUCAGCAAAUGCUAAUGCCACCGAGGGGAGUCUGCUCAGGCCCCCAUUUUGUAGUUAGAGGUCUGUCAGUAUUUUUAUUAUAAACCUCUAUUUUCAGGGGUGUCAAUGUGCCCUUAGAGUAUGCUGGGCUACUCAGUCUUUGAAACUGAUUUUUUUUUCCACUUAAUUUAAAUGAUAAAAUUUGCCUAGAAUAAAAUGUACAGUUUUAGUGCAAUUUAGCACCUUUGACCUUUUCUAAAUCAGGACUAAUCUAUGGAGAUUCAGAUUCAUAGAUGAAAUACUCUUUGUCAUACCUUGUAGACACUUGACCACUCAUUAAAAUACUAAGAGGUCAAAUGAUAGAAAACUGCUCCCUAUGCCCAAGCAAUAAAAAAAAAAACAAAAACAAAAACAAAAAACAACAACAACAAAAAAGCCACGUCUGUCAUUUUUAGGUAGUGUAGACUGAUACCCAGAUGCCACAGACUUAAUGCCAUAUUUGUCACAGGGUGGCAGGAAACCUUGUGACUCUCCAGAGGAUAGUCUCAGAUUCCUCACAGCGCUCAAAUGCAGUAUUUGUGACUUCAUCUUGUAAAUGGAUUUUAAUAAAAAAAAGACCCCACACUUCUUUAAGCCUUUUUAAAUACACACACACACACACACACACACACACACACACACGGCACAGACCAGAGAGGGACCCACGACGAUGCAUUUUGUCUAAAGUAUCCUUGAAUAUUUUUAAAACGUGUGGUGAUCCACGGGCAGCAGCACAAUUCCCACGACCAGUUACACAAUUCCUGUUUUCAUUUUGUCCUCUCGUGCUCAUCUUCCGCGAAAAUAAAUAAAUAAAUGAUUUUUUUUUUCCAGGCUUCGCUCUCCCUGCAAGUUCAUUAAAUGUAGAGUGUUGUCUUUUGAAGAUCCUGUGGCUGAGAUCUCCUCGCCAUCUGUUAAAUGACUUCCCGUUGUCUGUGUGUGUUCAUGUGCGCCAGCGAUGGGCUCCUUUCUCCACAGCCCCGAGACUGUCUGAGGCGACACAGCCGUCAGAAUGAAAACAUUAUCAAUCAGUACCCAACAGCAGCUGUUUUUGACAAGUUUCUGUCUGACGCCUAAUGCUUAACAACUGUCAUAAGGCUCUGUCUUUGUCUAGCAGGUCGCAGCGCGCUGUCUUACUGCUUCCUCUUGGCAUCCUGGACUCUGUAACCCUAGAAUUUGCUGUGCUUGGGAAACCCAGGUGGGGGGAGGGGAGAGGGAAGUGGAGGGGACGUGUGUCUUGUUCCUACUUUUGUGUAAGGUGCCACAGGUGUCUUAGUCUGCAAAUUCAGAGAUGUAGGAAAACAGUCCGUCGUGUAGUUCCUCGGUGAGCAUCUUGUUAUAUUUAUGGAAGUGACCCAUUUUUUGUACCUUCUUAGCUAAAGCAGUUGCCCCUUUUUAUACUGGCAAUUAAUUUAUAGAAGACUUUGUAUCGACCAUCGUUUACAGUAUUGGUUGCUGGAUAACUGCCACGUUGCUCUGUCUUUCUAUUGAGAUUUAAUUCUAUCUAGACUUAAAAGUUGGCAGGUUCCUGUGGGCAUUUGCUAGGUAACAAGACCUUGCCCCAUUCACGGUUUCUAUGAUUCCACUGUCUUGCAAUGAAAAUAAAUGCUUAGUAGAACAGG